AUGUUCGACCCGCUGAAGCUUGCUUCUUAUGACGACACCCUUGUGCCGGCCAUUGAAGGAAAUGGUGAUUCCUCAAAACAUUCGAUGCAAGUAUACGCCACGCCGAAAUCCUCAAAAGGUAAUAUUGCAAUUGAAGCGCACAUAAUCAAUACGUUUAUUGAAUUACUUUUACAUUGUAUAUCAAUCCCGGACACCGAAGAGAAGAUGAUGCGAAUUGCCGUUACAGUAAUCACGGAAAAUUAUAUCGAAUACUUAUGUAAUCGCGCAAGGAGGCUGCGAAUUGAGGAGGAGCUCUCGAACUCGCGCCAUAGUUAA